UCAGUCUAUCUUAGCAAGUUUGGUAACAAAACAACCAAAAAAAGUUCACAUUUUUGUUUAGAACGUACUGCCAACAGACUCGCUCGAUUCUGAUAACACAGUACCUAGUGAUUUAAUAUUUGUAAUUUUUUCAUGUUAAGUUGUCAACAUUUAGCUCACUAGCAUUGCUACCAACACAACACAAAAUUUCCUUCAAUGUUUUACCGGAAUACCAAAACGUAUGCGCAAUCAUGUGACCAGUGGCGGAUAUUCAAAUUUUCUUGACACUCAUUCCGUUAAAAUAACCUCUACUCCCUCUACCGGAUUACUCUUCCACCCCCAACGUUGCCAUGGUUUCAAUCCAGUUUGACAUAUCCUUCAACUUGACACCAUGGCCGAACGAAUCGUGCCCCUCAGCACCACCCUCGUCAAAUACGACAACCCCAUCCUAGUAACCAAACAUGAAGAAAAAAAGGUCCCAGCCGUCUCCAAAGACAAACUCCACGAAGAAGGGCACCCCCGCCCCAGGUCCACCGCCAUCCUCACGGACGCUCGUCGCGAAACCGAAGAAAUCCUCAACACCAUCCUCCCACCCAAAGAAUGGGAGGAAGAAGGGCAGAUGUGGCGCCAAAACGUCUCCACCACCCCCGCCACACGUCUCGACGUCAUCAACCUCCAAGAACAACUAGACAUGCGCUUGCAGCAGCAACAAGCCCGCGAAACCGGUAUUUGCCCAGUCCGUCGCGAAUUAUACACCCAGUGUUUCGACGAAAUCAUCAGACAAGUGACGAUAAACUGCGCCGAACGGGGGUUGCUGCUCCUGAGGGUGCGGGACGAAAUGAGGAUGACCAUAGAGGCGUAUCAGGCGCUGUAUUGUAGCAGUAUUGCGUUCGGAAUGAGGAAGGCUCUUCAAGCGGAGCAAGGAAAGUCGGAUUUGCAGCAAAGCGUGGAAGAGUUGAAGAACGAGAAGAUGGAGCUUGAGCAUCAGAUAAUCGAUUUGAAGCAGAGGGCGGAGCAGGCGGACAGGAGGGCGGCGGAGACGAGGUUGGCGGAGGAGAGGAAGCACACGGAAGAAAUCGCGUUCUUGAUGAAGACGAACCAACAACUAAAGGCCCAGCUGGAAGGAAUCAUCGCGCCGAAAAAGUAGUCACUAUUUUAAUGUUUUUAUUAAAACUUUUAUCGUUAUUAAAAUUUAAAAUCCAUUCCAAAGCACAUUAGUACAUACAUAGUCGGGUGAGUCUCGGGCCACCCGAUUCGGUAUAAAAUACUUGAGAUAACCACCACAAGAAAUAAAAUAUUUGUGUUAACUUAAGCUCUGGAAAUGAUUACACGUAAUACUAAACAAAUAGUUAAAAUUAAAUACUUUGUACAGUGAUAACAAUAAUUUAUAAUCUUACUAUUAUAAAAUAUAAAAAACCCAUCCACCCUGUAGAAACAUGUGAUGUCACUAGUAACAAAACUCGCUAAUGUUUGCCUUUUUUCGAACGUUUCCGUUUUUUCUUUUUGUUAUUUCCUGAAGCGACGUCUUCGUCGAACGGCUUCUCAUCUCCUGUUGUAGGAGUGGGAGGUUCGGAAGCGGAUUUCUCUUCGGAUUGGUCGUCUUUAGAGGCGAUGCUGCCGUUGAUUGGUGAGUCCGGAAUGAGGUCCUCGGG